UGCGUGUCAUCGACUCGGUCAUUUAACAUUAAUUUCGGAGGCGCACACGUAGGCAAGCCGAAGAUUUUAAUAAAUUUUCCGCUACAGCAAGCCUCAAAGCUGCCUAGCAUUGUGAAAAAUAGAAGUUAAGGUGUCCGUGCACUAAAUUGUUAUCAAGUAAAAAUGGCGCGUUACACUCAACGUCCGGAAAAUGCGCUGAAGCGAGCCAAUGAAUUUAUUGAGGUGGGCAAACCGUUGCGUGCCUUGGACACGCUACAGGAGGUGUUCAGGAACAAGAGAUGGAACUAUGCCUACUCCGAGACGGUCAUUGAGCCGCUCAUGUUCAAGUAUCUGUACUUGUGCGUGGAGCUGAAGAAGUCGCAUAUUGCCAAGGAGGGUCUCUUCCAGUACCGCAACAUGUUCCAGCUGGUGAAUGUCAAUUCGCUGGAGAAUGUGAUUCGUGGUUAUUUGAAGAUGGCCGAAGAGCAUACCGAGGCGGCUCAAGCGCAAUCCUCGGCAGCUGUCGCCGUGCUCGAACUGGAUGAUCUGGACAACAUUGCCACGCCGGAGUCCAUUCUGAUGAGCGCCGUUUGCGGCGAGGAUGCUCAGGAUCGUUCCGAUCGCACCAUUCUGCUGCCGUGGGUCAAGUUCCUCUGGGAAUCCUAUUGCCAGUGCUUGGAGCUGCUGCGCGUCAACACGCACUGUGAGGCACUGUAUCAUGAUAUUGCUCGCAUGGCUUUCCAGUUCUGUUUGAAGUACAAUCGCAAGAGCGAAUUCCGUCGCCUGUGCGACAAACUGCGCAAACAUCUCGAGGAUAUCUGCAAGAGCAGCAAUCAGACCACUGGUGUGUCCAUCAACAAGGUGGAGACGCAGCAAUUGUGCCUGGACACUAGGCUAUAUCUGCUCGACUCGGCCAUACAGAUGGAACUGUGGCAGGAGGCCUACAAGGCCAUUGAGGACAUUCACGGCCUGAUGGCCAUGUCCAAGAAGACACCGGUGCCCAAAACCAUGGCCAAUUACUACCAAAAGUUGGCCAUGGUCUUCAGCAAGGCGGGUAAUCAACUUUUCCAUGCAGCCGCUUUGUUGAAACUGUUCCAAUUGACGCGGGAGCUGAAGAAGAACCUCACCAAGGACGAUCUGCAACGCAUGGCAGCUCAUGUCCUGCUGGCCACGCUCUCCAUUCCGCUGCCAUCGGCUCAUCCGGAAUUCGAUCGUUUCAUUGAGGCGGACAAGAGUCCGCUGGAGAAGGCACAGAAGCUGGCCGUCCUCCUGGGUCUGCCCCAACCCCCAACCCGUGUCUCGCUUAUACGCGAAGUUGUGCGUCUUAAUGUGCCCAAUCUGGUGUCGGAUGAGUUCCGCAACUUGUACAACUGGCUGGAGGUUGACUUUAAUCCUCUCAACUUAUGCAAGCGCAUUCAGUCGAUUGUGGACACCAUUGAGAGUGGAGUGGACGGAGAGACGGAGAAUACGCUGCUGGCACCUUAUAUACAGUCUCUCAAGGAUGUGACCGUCAUGCGAUUGAUCCGUCAGAUAUCGCAGGUGUAUGAGAGCAUUGAGUUCAAGAGAUUGCUGGAAUUGGCUCCGUUCUGUAAUAUCUUUGAGCUGGAGAAGCUGCUGGUGGAGUCGGUGCGUCACAAUGACAUGCAGAUCCGCAUCGAUCAUCAGAAGAACAGCAUCUACUUUGGCACGGAUCUCACCGAGAGUCAGCGGGAGUAUCGUCCCGAUGGACCUGCCCUCCAGUCGAUGCCCUCGGAGCAGAUACGCUCCCAGCUGGUCAACAUGUCCACUGUGCUGACUCGGGCCGUGUCCAUUGUGUAUCCGAAUCGGGAGCGGGAUCAGCGCGCCAAGUUGCGCACUCAGAUGGUGCAUCACUAUCAUGAGAUCAAGGAUCGCGAGCAUCAGCGCAUUCUGCAGCGCCAGAAGAUCAUCGAGGAUCGCAAGGAGUUCAUCGAGAAGCAGAACAAUGCUCGCGAGGAGGAGGAGGCACGUCGUCACGAGGAGGAAUCCCGCAAGGCGAAGCUGGCCGAGCAGAAGCGCCUGGAACAGGAGCAGGAGGAGCGCGAACGCAAGCGACAUGAGAAUGAGAUUCAGGCCAUCAAGGAGAAGAGUCUCAAGGAGAAGGUGCAGCAAAUCUCGCAGACAGCGCACGGCAAGAAGAUGCUCUCCAAGCUGGAUGAGGAAGGCAUCAAGAAACUCGAUGCCGAAGACGCAUCGCAGCGAAAGGAUGCUGCUCAAGUCGCAGGAGGAUCGAAGCGAUCGUAUCCCGAUCGCGAUGAGUACUUGGAUGCCCUCAAAACCGAACGUGCUUCUCUCUUCGUGGAGAAGCUCAAGAAGUUCGACAUUGCUUUGGCCGAGGAGCGUAAGAAGCGUCUGGCCGAUCGCAUUGUGCGUCGUCGCGAGGAGCGUCGUCUGGCCUUUGUGCGCGCCAAGGAGGAGGAACGCUUCCGCAAGGAGGAGGAGAUUCGUCAUGCGCGCGAGGCCGAGGAACGCGCCGCCGCCGAGGCACGUCGCCUGGAGCGCGAGGCCGAGGAUGAGAAGCGUCGUCAGCAGUACGAGAAGCAGCGUGCCAAGGAGGAGGAAGCCGAACGCAAGAUCCAAGAGGAUCGCGACCGUCUCGCCCGCGAAGUGGCCGUCGAGCGCGAACGCAGCGAAAAGGAGCGCGAUGUCUGGCGUCCACGUGGCGGUGAUCGCGAUCGUGAGCGUGAUCGUGGCAACGAUCGUGGCGAGCGUCCUGGCGCAGCAGCCGGUGGAGCUGGAGCUGGUGGUGCCAGUGAGUGGCGUCGCAAUGCGCCACCAAGUGAUCGCAAUGAUCGCGAUCGCAUGGAUCGCCCCGAGCGUGGAGAUCGUCCCGAGCGUGGUGAUCGUCCGGAGCGUGGCGAGCGCAAGGAUAACGAAGGUGGCGCCGACUCCUCGUGGCGUGUGCGUCGCGAACCCGACGCCCAGCGUGGCGGAGCUGGUCCGGAGCGGGGCGAACGUGGAGCCGGACGCGAUGCUCCAGCCGGACGUGAUGACAAGUGGCGUCGUGGCGGCGAUCGUGAUCGUGUCGGCGGCGAUCGUGAUCGCGAUCGUGGCGGUGAACGUGACCGUGAGCGUGGUGAUCGUGAUCGUCUUGGCGGUGAUCGUGAUCGCGAUCGUGAUCGUGACUCCUUCCGCCGCAAUGAUGGACCACGACGUGAUGACGAUCGCGAUCGCGGUGGAUUCCGUCGCGAGGAGCAGCCACAACGCGACACUGGAGGCGGCAACUGGCGUGAUGCACCACGUCAAAGCGAUCGUGAUCGCGACAAUCGUCGUCCAGCCGGCGAGCGACGUGAUCGUGAUCGCGAUGUGCGUGGAGCAGGGCCGAAGGAAGGCGGUGCUGCAGGCGGCGGAGGAGGAGGUGGUGGCGGCAACUGGCGCACUGCACCCGCUCCACGUGACGAGAAACCCGCUGCUCCUGCCAAGCGUGAACAGCCACAGGACAAGGAAAACAAAGCCGGCGAUGAUGGUGAAUGGACAAGCGUAAAGCGGCGUUAAAUAACAUAUAUUCAUCUUUCUUCCGAAUUGUCUGUCUUAUAAACACAAACAGCAAAUGUAACCGUACCCAUUUUUUAUAUAUACACACAAAUAUUAUACAUAAUGUACUGAAAUAUGUGCUCUCUUAUGCGCCUCUCGCUCACACCAAUUGUAAAAUGCUUGGCAACAUUUUUGCAAAAGUCUCAGCAGCUAAUUUAAAUAAUUAUCCAAAAAUAAAUUGCUGAAGAUGGGUGCAAUAUUAAAGUACAUGGUAAUAAAACUGUUUAUCAAAAAUAGUAA